AUGUCUGUGGCCACAGGCACGGCGGCUACAUACAGGCGGCCAACGCCAGCUCAGACUACUGCCACAACUAGAGUAAAUGUUACUGAUGAUUACGAACGUUGGUAUACGGAGGCUGCUCCAAAUAACCGCAUGUUGCUUUCAUUGCGCUCAGGCUUAGAUUCCGAAGUCGCCUGGGCCCUCGACAGACUUUGUCGACUGUGUCAAAACGAGCAGUUUAUGCUCAUCGCCAUCCCUGGGCUCACCGACGCAUUGUUCGAAUGGCCCGAAUGGUACUGCACCGAAGGAUACCUGCAGCUCGACGAGACCUCAAGCAUGUUCGCCCUCCCCAAAGCCGAGGAACGCAAGCGGAGACACGCCAUCGAGUCUUUGUUCAUCCUCCGUAACGCCGCCAUGCACGAAUCCAACGCCCACGAACUGUCCCUUUUUCCCAGGAUACCGAACCUCGUCCUGCGAACGCUGCACGACAUCAAACCAAACACCGACGCGAACGCAGAAUUCAUGCUCUGCGUCAUGGAGAUCCUGCAGACCAUCGCCCACUCCGUCACUCUCCCCGCCCCAACUGCCCCGCCGAGAGCCAGCCCCGUUGGACCUCUGCAAGAGAUUGCUGGGUCAUCCUCCAACAGGUCUCUCGUCAUCAUGUCCUUGACGACUCUCACCGUCCUCUAUUCCAAUCCGCACAACAUCUACCAACUCGCCCCCGAUGCCCCCGCCCUCGAAACCGCCAUGAACGUCCUCCCUCUCAUCCUCGACAAGGAGCUUAUCGACGCGGCGUUGAACUACUUAUAUGCCCACCUCUCACAUCCUCCCAUGACGAGGACGUUCUUACUCCACCCCCGCAUGCCGGGAACACUCAGGCUCCUGGUGUCCCUCAUCCUCGCCGACCAAAUGGAGGAGAACGUCUCGUUUGAGAUCGGGAUGCCGACCUUCACUGCCCCUGCGCAGUCCAUCGAGAUCACCAAUCAUGAGCUCACAAGCGAAGAGCUUGAGCAUCUCCUUCCAAUGCCAGAGCCUCAACGAUGUUUUGAAUGGAUGAAGACCAUGUUCGUCGCCAGGCCGGAAGGGGAGCUCACUCAAGUCGAUUUUUGGAACCUGUACAAAGAUGUGUUCGCCUCCCACCAAGACAAGUUCGGUAUGCUCGUCGCGUCGGACGUCAUCAAGAACGUCAACGCCGUGUUCCCGCAAGCUCAGGCGAUGGUCCUUCCUGGCCCACCACAGAGAUUCGUCGUGCGCGGAGUCGACCGCAGACAAGGCCUGUCCUCCAUCGCGCAGUUCAAGUGCCAGUGGAAAGACUGCGACCUCGACCCCUUCCCCGCGACGGACGCCCUGUACGAGCACCUCCUCGACACCCACAUCCAGCCCUUUGACGGCGCGCAGCUCCCGUGCGCCUGGGGGUCGUGCGCCGCCCAGACGGCAGUCACGAAGGCGCAGAUGCGCGCCCACGUCCUCACCCACCUGCCGGACAUGCAGCCCCCGGCGAAGCACCCCUCCCAGCCGAGCACGGUCACGCUGCCGUCGAUGAACUACCCGCACCCGGUCGCGGAGCCGACGAAGCGGCCGCCCCCGCCCGCCCGCGCGACGCUCGUCACGUACACGCGGCCGCACGUCGACCCGCCGCCCAGCUCGCUGACGGCGCUGCUGUGCCUGCGCGUGCUGUUCCGGGCGUCGUUCGUGCCGCCGGAGGUGACGCUGCGGGCGGACGAGUCGCACUUUGGGUUCCCGGGCGUGGGAGGGGCAGAGGAGGGGCAGAAGGCGUUCAUGGCCAUCCGGUAUCUCCUGGAGGACGUGCGGAUGAAGCACGAGACGUUCCAGGGAUGGGUCACGGCGAUGAUCGACGGGGGCUUGACCGGUCAAGCAUGA